AUGGCAGAAGGGGCCGAUCUGGGGGAUUUUGCGGAGUUGCGGUGCGGAGCUCCCGAACAAAAUUUCUAUCGCAACUUCGAUCACCGCUCCGCUGUCACUUCACAUUACCAACCCUUUUAUUUGGCUGUUGGGCUACUUUCAUCUUUCUUUUCCCGGCGAUUCAGCAUUCUACGAUCAGACAAAUGGCUGCAGCUGGAGUUGACCUCUAUGGCCGCGUUGACCAACCACCCGGAUAAAGUCCCUGAAGAGGAGCGGGAAGAGGCUUCCAUCAGAUUCAAGGCUGUACAGGAAGCCUACGAUAUCCUCUACGACGAUGACAAGCGACACCUUUACGACACACACGGCAUGGGCGCUUUCAACGGCUCAGGCGAACCGGGAAUGGCGGGCGCACCCGACCUGGAUGAUUUGCUCGCCCAGAUGUUCGGUGGUGGCAUGGGUGGCAUGGGCGGCAUGCCUGGUAUGGGAGGAAUGCCCGGUGGUGGUCGCCCACCUAAGCCCCGCCGGAGCCCUGACGAAGAACAAGACUAUGAAGUCAGCCUAGAGGAUCUCUACAAGGGCAAGACAGUCAAGUUCUCCAGUGUCAAGAACAUCAUCUGUGGACUGUGCAAGGGCAAGGGUGGUAAGGAGAAGGCAACCGCCAAGAAGUGCUCGACUUGCGAUGGUCAAGGCCACAAGGAAGUUCUGCAGCGUAUGGGCCAGUUCUUGACCCAACAGUCUGUUGUCUGCACUACAUGUAACGGACAAGGCUCAUACUUCUCCCCGAAGGACAAGUGCAAGAAGUGCAAGGGUAACCGAACAACAGAGGAGAAGAAGCUUCUGGAGAUUUACAUCCCUCGCGGUGCCAGACAAGGUGAUAAGAUUGUGCUUGAAGGCGAGGCAGACCAAGUUCCCGACCAAGAGCCCGGUGAUAUUGUUUUCAAGAUCAUCGAGGAGGAGCACCCUGUAUUUGCUCGCGCUGGCUCUGACCUCCAAACAACCAUCGAGGUUACUCUGGCCGAAUCUCUGACCGGAUUCUCGCGCGUCGUACUCAAGCAUCUGGACGGCCGUGGAAUCGAGCUCAAGCACCCCAUCACUCCUGGCGCCAUCCUCUCACCUGGUCAGGUUCUCAAGAUCCCCGGAGAGGGAAUGCCGGCGAAGCGUACCGAUGCUCGUGGCGACCUCUACCUGGUUGUUGAUGUCAAGUUCCCUGAAAGCAACUGGAACCCUACGCCGGCGGUGAUGGAGAAGCUCAAGGAAAUCCUUCCUAAGCCUGCUGCUCCAAUUGUGGCCAACCCCGUGGAUGAGGUUACAUAUGACCCCAAGGGUUCAAUCGACGAAUUUGGCGCACAGGAUGGCGACGGAGGCUCUGCGUGGGAGGAUGAAGAAGAUGACGAACCAGCGCAGUGCGCAGCUCAGUAG